AUGUGGGUGGACCAGGGGUGGGACAUGGGGAAAGGGGGGAAGACCCAGGGGUGGGGGGUGGGUAGACGAGGGGUGAGACAUGGGAAUGUGGGCAAGACCCAGGGGUGGGACAUGGGUAGACGAGGGGUGAGACAUGGGAAUGUGGGCAAGACCCAGGGGUGGGACGUGGGUAGACCAGGGGUGAGACAUGGGAAUGUGGGCAAGACCCAGGGGUGGGGCGUGGGUAGACCAGGGAUGAGACAUGGGAAUGUGGGCAAGACCCAGGGGUGGGACGUGGGUAGACCAGGGGUGAGACAUGGGAAUGUGGGCAAGACCCAGGGGUGGGACGUGGGUAGACCAGGGAUGAGACAUGGGAAUGUGGGCAAGACCCAGGGGUGGGGCGUGGGUAGACGAGGGAUGAGACAUGGGAAUGUGGGCAAGACCCAGGGGUGGGGCGUGGGUAGACCAGGGGCGAGACAUGGGAAUGUGGGCAAGACCCAGGGGUGGGGCGUGGGUAGACCAGGGGCGAGACAUGGGAAUGUGGGCAAGACCCAGGGGUGGGACGUGGGCAGACCAGGGGCGAGACAUGGGAAUGUGGGCAAGACCCAGGGGUGGGGCAUGGGAAUGUGGGCGAGACCCAGGGGUGAGACAUGGGAAAGUGGGCGAGACCCAGGGGUGGGGUGUGGGUAG